AUGUUGCGUUUGUUCGCGUCUGUUGCGCGUCCUGUUGCGCUUCCUAUGAAGCGGACCUUCUUUCCUGCAGCUCACAUGCGACAGUUUGGUUCUACGCCAAUUCGGGCGAGCUUCUGGGAUAACAUUCUUCCGCUUAUCCAGGGAAACCGCCGCGAGCGGCAACUCCAGCGGAAGCAAGGUGGCUUGUUGCAAGAGGACAUAGAACGCGUACAGCGUGAUCAACGAAGAGAUGAAAUGAUGGCUGCGCAGUCUUCCACGGGUGAUAUGUUGAUCGACGAUGCCAUGGACGCGCCUGAAUUUCGUCAAGAAAAUGUCCGACGUCAGGCGACCGAAGAAAAACGUCAGAAGCGCUUGCUUCGAAAGAGAUGGGGCGGAACGACAGAACUCGGUGGUCCAGAAAAGCUUGAGCAUAAGUAUAGCACGGCCGUCUUCCGUAUUAGUCCACGCAAGCUGAAUAUGUUGGCACACCAGAUUUCUGGCAAGCCUAUCGACUUUGCGAUCCUGCAGAUGCAAUUCAGUGCUAAGCGCGCUGCUCGCCGUGUGCGAGCGACGUUAGCACUGGCACGCGAUCACGCCGAAGCCAAGGGAAUGGAUCCACGUCGCCUUAUCGUGUCGGAGGCUUGGGUCACCAAAGGACUGUACAUGAAACGCUUGGAGAUCAAAGGACGUGGCCGUUUUGGUAUACUUGAGCAUCCUCAAGCGCGCCUCAGCAUCAUACUACGUCCUGGGAAGUCCACCAGUGCUCGGGAACGGGAGACUAUUGUCAAGGCUCGUCGCCAUGUCCGAAGCCUCGGAAGUGGCGGCGUUGUACGUGGCAGUCCAAAAAUUGUGAACGGCUUCCAGCGCCCUGGCUGGGCCUGGUAG